AUGGCUUUUCCCCUUCCUAGAAGCCCCUCUUCACCAUCCAAAUCUCUCCUAUAUAUAUAUUCUCCAACACCCUUUUCCUCAAACACAAUCAAUUCUUCAUUCAUUUCUCCAAUUUUCACUUUCUUCAAUGGCUAAUUCUACUUCAAGAAAAUCCAAUUUCAAUGAUUGUUUGCCUCUUAUGGCUGAAAAACUUGGUGGGGAUGGUUUAAUAGGUGAGCUAUGUAAAGGGUUUCAGCUAUUAAUGGAUAGGGAUAAAGGGGUCAUCACAUUUGAGAGUUUAAAGAAGAAUUCAGCUUUGUUAGGGUUGCAAGAUUUGAGUGAUGAUGAUCUUAAGGGUAUGGUUAAAGAAGGGGAUUUUGAUGGUGAUGGAGCUCUUAAUCAGAUGGAGUUUUGUGUGUUGAUGUUCAGAUUGAGUCCUGAGUUGAUGGAGCAAUCUCAGUUUUUGUUAGAAGAAGCUCUGCAUCAAGAGUUUGUUGAUUCUGACUUUUCAUUCUAACAUUUAAAUAUAAAGAUUGUUACUUUAUAUUGUUACUUUUGUCUUUUAUACUUAACUUUAAUGUAUACAUUGCAAAAACAUAUACAGAAAGUUGAAUUAAUGGAGAAACAGCUUGUUUAAUCAGUUCUCUUCAGAGUACUUUUUCAGUUUUCCUAAUUAUUGUAAUCAUGUUAAACUAUUUGUUGCCUAAUAUGGAUGAGAAAAACUAAGUGGGGAUGGUUCGAUUGACGAGCUGUGUAAAGGGCUUCAGUUGUUGAUGGAUAGGGAUAAAGGGGUCAUCACAUUUGAGAGUCUCAGUUUUUUGUUAGAAAGAAUCUCAUCAUCAAGAAUUCAACUUUUCGUUUUAACUUUCGUCGUUUUAUACUUUUCUCUAUGUGAACAUGUAAUACAUUGCAAAAACGUUUACUGAAAGUUGUACUAAUGAAGAAACAAUAGGUUUAAUCAGUUCUCUCAACUGUCUCUACUGAUGAGUAUUUGUUACCUAUUUUGUCUGAGAAAUUACGUGGGGUUGGUUUGAUAGGCGAGCUGUGUAAAGGGUUUCAGUUAUUGAUGGAUAGGGAUACAAAAAGUUGUGUCUAUGGAGAAACAACUUAUUUCAUCAGUUCUCUCUACUGUCUCUGCCAAUGAGUCUUGUUACUUGUUUCCUUAUAAUUUAACCAUUCAAUAUCCGAAGCUCAAUUUUCCAUAAAUUCUAAGCUGGAACUUCUCUUAGAAUUUUCUGGUAAUGCACAUGAUGAGGAUAUGAAAAUGACCUUUAAUGAAGAACUGGGGAUUCAUAUAGCUGACCACUUGUUUGGGAUUGAGAUGUAGUUGUAUGCAAAAUCUUUCUCUUUCUUUCUAGUUUUGAUGCUUCUUAUGAAAAAUCACUAGUAGUGCAAGUCAAUGACAUUUAUUUCUCAGCGUGUGGAAUAUUGGUAUAUGUAAAUGGAAUGAGUUGAGAGGUCAAUGAGUCAGUAUCUCACUAGUCACUAUCCGCAGAAGUAAAGAACAAGCUUACAGUAAAGACCAAGUCAAUGGCAUUUCAUAGUCGUUGCAUUGAUGAACUAAUAGACAUGCCGGUCAAGAAUAACACUGCUGGUUUGAUAAAAUGAUAGCUAUCAAUUUUACACUUCAAUCUGAUACAGUUCUACUCUAAGUGACAGCAAAAUCUUGUGGCUAUUAUCUCAUCGAGAUAAGAGCAGAACCGCACAUUUUAUGAUAAAAUUCUUAUAGUUAUACACUGAAUUAUUGUAAUCAUGUUCAACUAUUUGUUGCCUAAUAUGGAUGAGAAAAACUAAGUGGGGAUGGUUCGAUUGACGAGCUGUGUAAAGGGUUUCAGUUGUUGAUGGAUAGGGAUGAAGGGGUCAUCACAUUUGAGAGUCUCAGUUUUUGUUAGAAAGAAUCUCAUUACCAAGAAUUCAACUUUUCGUUGUAACUUUUGUCGUUUUAUACUUUUGUCUAUGUAAACAUGUAAUACAUUGCAAAAACAUAUACAGAAAGUUGUACUAAUGGAGAAACAAUAGGUUUAAUCAGUUAUCUUAACUGUCUCUACGGAUGAGUAUUUGUUACCUAUUUUGUAUGAGAAAUUACGUGGGGUUGGUUUGAUAGACGAGCUGUGUAAAGGGUUUCCGUUAUUGA